AUGACAAAACUGGAUAUCAAGAAUUACCUCGAAAAAAUCUACAAUGUGCCGGUAGCAGCUGUGAGGACCAGGAUACAGUAUGGUGCAAACAACAAGAGGAAUCACAAGAACCAGAGAGUGAAGAAGCCUGAUUACAAGGUCGCCUACGUACAGCUGGGCCAAGGACAAACCUUUCAGUUUCCCAACCUCUUUCCAGAGAAAGAACAAGACGCAGAAACUCGCUCUUUUGAUGACUUCAGGAGUAAAUAUAUGGAGAGAGAGAAGCAGAGGCAGCAAGGUGACCCCAGACGAGGUGGAGUCCCCGAUUGGUUUGGACUUUGAUGCAACGAGCCAGCUGCCUUUCUUUAGACUCAGAGGGAUUUUGAUCAGCAGAACUUGCACUCUUCCCAUCUUUUAAUGACAGAAUGUUUAUUCUUGAGCCGCCAUUGCUAGCGUGUCUUUUUUUUCCUGGCUCUUUGUGCACGCCUACAACAAAAUGGCCCUAAAGAAAUAAAAAGGUAAAAUAAA